AUGUUCAAGGGAAAAUCGCCAUCUUUUGUGGAGAACACCAGGGCAUGCCCUCCUCAUGAGUCCAUCCCCAAAUCCUUCAAUAUCAACACCACGCACAACACACGACGGCAAAGAAAACCCCUGGAUGUCGUCGCAUUCGACAACGCCAUGGCCUGUGCCAAGAGCACGGACUUCUGCAUCUGCGCCGGGACUGUGACUUUCAAAGGCAGGGGUGAAGACAGCCGAGUCCUCGUAAUCCUGAACGAAAAAUACACUCAAGACCUCUGGCAGCUGCCCAAGGGCCGCAAGAACAUCGGCGAAGAUGCCCUAUGCAACACAGCAAUCCGGGAGACCUACGAGGAAACAGGGUACAAGGUCCAGCUACUCUCCAAGAACAUCCUCACCCGCGCGACGAUGGCCAAGGGCAGGAAGGACCCCGGCCCCAUUUUCGAGGCCCAGAGCGCCGAGCCCAUCGCCAUGGUCCACUACACGGAGCCAUUCCCAGGCCUUGCGGGAAGCCCGGUGACCAAGGUGUGCUUCUUCUUCGUGGCGACGGUCAGGGAUGAUGCCCCGCCCGCGCCGAACACGCAGGACGUCGACGAGGUCCUGGAGGCGUACUGGCUGACAUGCGCUGACGCGAUGGAGAGGCUUACCUUCGCGGCUGAGAGGAGGGCUUUGGAGAUUGCGAUGUGUUACUUGUGA